AUGGCAAAAGGCAAAGCAAGACAUUCUGUUUCCAGGAAUAAAGCAUCCCCUUCAAUUUGCAAACCAUCUUCUCCCAUAUCUACCCAAAACAUAGUAUUACCAAAAUCGUAUCACGUUAAACCAUAUCAGAAGAAGUUACAUAUAUCUCCAAGUUUGCGACACGUUACACUGUUGCCAGGGAAAGGUGUAAGAGAGUUUAUAAAAGUUAAGGUUGGGUCUCGAAGGUUGUCUUACAAGAUGUUGUUUUAUUCGCUUUUGUUGUUCAUAUUUCUUCUCAGAUUCAUCUAUGUGUUAAGUACAGUUGACACCAUUGAUGAUGAAACCAAAUGUUCCAAUAUUGGUUGUAAGGGAGAAAAACUAGCAUCGGGUGUUUUAAGGGGGAGAAGCCUUCGAUUGAAUCCAGCUGUACCAGAAGUAAUAUAUGAAAUCUUGGAGGACCGGUCUAGCGAAGAUGAGAUAGUGGGAGGGCCUGAUAUUCCUCAGACAUUGGAAGAAUUUGUUAAUAGUAUGAAAGGUAGCAAAAGACUAGAUGCAAAGACAUUUGCCAUCAAGCUUAAGUCCAUGGUGACACUUCUUGAAAAGAGGACUAGAACAGCCAAAAUCCAAGAAUACCUCUACAGACACGUGGCAUCCAGUAGCAUACCCAAACAACUCCACUGCCUCUCCCUCCGCCUAGCCCACGAACACGCCACCAAUGCAAACUCCCGCCUCCAGCUCCCUUUACCGGAGCUAGUCCCCACCCUCGUCAACAACUCCUACUUCCACUUCGUCCUUGCCUCCGACAACAUCCUCGCCGCCUCCGUCGUAGCAACGUCUCUCGUUUACAACUCUUUACGCCCUGAAACGGUGGUCCUUCACAUAAUCACCGACAGAAAGACGUUCGCUCCGAUGCAGGCGUGGUUCUCCUUGCAUCCUUUAUCUCCGGCGGUGAUUGAAGUCAAGGCGUUGCAUCAUUUCGAUUGGUUCGCAAAAGGAAAGGUUCCGGUUUUGGAGGCCAUGGAGAAGGAUCAAAAAAUUAGAGCUCAGUUUAGAGGCGGCUCGUCCGCCAUUGUUGCUAAUAACACCGAGAAACCUUAUGUCAUCGCCGCAAAGUUGCAAGCUAUGAGCCCUAAGUACAAUUCCGUCAUGAAUCACGUUCGGAUUUAUCUCCCACAGAUGUUUCCGAGUCUAAACAAGGUGGUGUUCCUAGACGACGACCUGGUGGUUCAGUCAGAUCUAUCGCCGUUAUUUGAGAUUGAGAUGAAUGGAAAAGUGAACGGAGCGGUUGAAACAUGUCACGGCGGCGAUAAGUUCGUGAUGUCGAAGCGAUUCAAAAGCUACCUAAAUUUUUCUCAUCCAUUAAUAUCGAAGAAUUUUGACGCAAACGAAUGUGCUUGGGCCUAUGGGAUGAACAUUUUCGAUCUGGAGGCUUGGAGAAAGACGAACAUAAGCGAGAACUACCAUUACUGGCUCGAAGAGAAUUUGAAAUCGGAUCUAAGUUUAUGGCAGCUAGGAACGUUACCUCCAGGAUUGAUCGCGUUUCAUGGACAUGUGCAAGUUAUCGAUCCUUUCUGGCAUAUGUUGGGCCUCGGCUACCAGGAGAAUUCAACCAUGGCAGAUGUUGAACGUGCUGCUGUUGUUCAUUUUAAUGGCAGAGCGAAACCUUGGUUAGAUAUAGCGUUUCCACAGCUUCGUAAACUAUGGACUAAAUAUGUCGACUUCUCAGAUAAGUUCAUCAAGUCCUGCCACAUUAGACCAUAG